AUGAGGAGAUAUUUAACAUGGCUUUCUAUUCCAACAAAAUCUUUUAAUGUUGGAAAUUACCGUCGUAAAUAUUCUAUUAUUUCACAAUCUGCUGAGUUUUUUGAUAUGAAAAACACUGUUGGUGAGCAAGUACGCAAAAAAGUAGCAGGAGAGGCACUUGCAGAUAUGAUGGCAUGGUUUAAAAAUGAAUCGGGUGUUGUAGGAAUUCUUGAUGCAACUAACUCAAGGAAAGAUAGACGAAGAUGGAUACGUCAGGUUUGUCGGGAAAACAAUGUGUUAUGUAUGUUUGUUGAAUCAAUUUGUAACGACGAAAAAAUAAUUAUGAAUAAUAUUAUGGAUGUUAAAAUUAGUUCUCCUGAUUACAAAGGGAAAGAUCCAGAGAAGUCUGCGUCCGAUUUUUUAAUGCGAAUUAAAUAUUAUGAACAAGCAUAUGAACCGCUAGAAGACGAAGAUAUGACUUAUGUGAAAUUAAUAGAUGUUGGCGAAAAAGUUAUUAUAAAUCAAAUUCAAGAUUAUCUUCAAAGUAGAAUUGUAUAUUAUUUAAUGAAUUUACAUAUAAAACCAAGAAGUAUAUGGCUAAGUAGACAUGGCGAAAGUGAAUUCAACUUACAUGGAAUUAUUGGUGGUGAUUCAGACUUGAGUUAUCGUGGUCUUCAAUAUGCCAAAGAACUUCCAAAUAUUCUUCAAAAGUCAGUAGGAGAUGCUUCUCUUACUGUAUGGACAUCAACAAUGAAAAGAACUAUACAAACAGCGCAAUAUCUUCCUUAUAAAAAGAUAGAAUGGAAAGCUUUAGAUGAAUUAAGUUCUGGUGUUUGUGAUGGAAUGUCAUAUGAAGAAAUAAAAGUUGUCUUUCCUGAUGAUUGGAAUUCACGAGAAAAUGAUAAGUUUAAUUAUAGACUUCCUGGAGGAGAAUCAUAUAGGGAUGUCAUUGCACGACUAGAACCGGUUAUUAUGGAACUUGAGCGUCAAGAAAAUGUAUUAAUUAUUUCUCAUCAAGCAGUUCUUCGUUGUAUUUAUGGGUAUUAUCGCGAUCUUAACCAAGAAAUUUUCCCAUUUGUAGAUAUGCCUUUACAUACUGUUUUCAAACUUACACAAGCACCAUAUUUAACUUCUGAAGAACGAUUAACUACAUCUAUUCCUGCUGUUAGUACGUAUAGACCUAGAAAAAUAAAAAAAGAAACUAUUUGA